AUGCAUCUCCAGGACGUCAUUUUGCAGACGCAUCUGGAGGUGCAAGGCUUCUGCACCGUCCGUUGGUUGUCUCGCGGGGAUGCUGUGAGUCGCUUCUGUGACGUGCUGCCGGUGCUGAUGUGGAUGUGGACGAAGGAGAAGGGCGAGACGGAGAAACUCGCUACCAGCUUCAAGUUCCACUAUAUGCUGUAUCUCCUGGCUGACGUGCUGCAGCUGCUCAACGCACUCAAUCUGUCCUUCCAGAAGCAGACGGUCGACAUCACAGAGGUGAAGAAUCAUGUCGACAAGGUGAAGACCAAGUUGUCGCAGUACUACGUCGAGCCCGGCGCAUCCAACGGGCCGAACACCUCUCGCCUGAACAAGUUCCUUGCUGCACACGGCAGCAAGGACAAGCGCAAGAUGGAGCUCAAGGGAGUGGACGAGAACGGCAAGCCUGCAAAAGCCGAGAUCGAGCUUCACGAGGACAUCAUUGACCCUGAAAACCCUGGGGGGGGAUGCGACUUGGAGGCCUGCGUGGACCUGGCGAGGCGUUUCGCUCAGCGCCUGAUUAAGGCGCUGGGGAAGAGGAUGGCGGACCUGCGUCAUUUCGAUGGUGUUGGUUUCUUCUCCCCUGAUAAGUAUCCCGACCGUGCAGGAGAGCAGGACGCGUGGGUGAAGCUCCAUCUCUCCGAGCUCCUUGACAUGUUCAAGAACAAGCUACCUGACUACCCGGUGGACUGGGCAGCGGCCUAUGCCUUGUUUGAGGAGAAGGGGAGGAAGGGGAGGAAGCCUGCCAAAUAG